AGCAUAGCUCAUCGAUUCAAGUUAGUGGCUGGCCUCGGUUUGAGUUGUUGGUUCUGUUUAUUUAAUUGAUUGUUGUUUGCUGAUUAGUUUAUUUAUAAUGCACUCAGAGGAAAUGCAGUUAAACGGACCUCCCCCUUCCAAAGAAGACAAGACAGCUGGUAUUCUGUACAUGGAACGGAUAUUUGUCGGUAAUUUGGACAAUGACAUAACAGAAAGUAUGCUGAACGCACUCUUUCUCCAGUUUGGACAUUGUGAGUCUAAAAUAAUCCGGGAAAAGAACGGAACAAGCAAAGGGUACGGAUUUGUCACGUUUAACGACGCUAAACCUGUAGAGGCUUUAGUUCAACAGAGGACAAUAAAGCUGAACAAUCGGACUCUGAACAUCGGCCUGGCGAUAAGGCGAAUUAAACACCCUGAACAGAUGAGUCAGAUGCAGCUCCCUUACCCCAUCAACCACCUCAGCAACUCAAUGGGGUACAUGCCACCGCCCUUCCCCUACGUUCCCAACUCUGCGGGUCGUGUCGAGCUACUUACUCUUGGUAACCAAGGAAACCUUUUGGGUAACCAUGGAAACGCUGCCCCACUUCUUGGUGCCCCAGCGGCUCAUCUUCCCGCUUGGUCUUACGUCCCACAUUUCUAAUGAUUCCGUCAAGAUUGUAGUGCGGUUCAUGUACUACUUCUGUUUAAUUAAACAGAUAGCAUAAACAAGUUUUAUUAGGCUGAUGCAUUUAUCAAGCUGUUUCGUUUUACAAUAUUCGAUUACUUUACCUCAGCUGCUUCUGUUGAGCGAUGUUUGAAUUUUGAUUUAAAUUUGAUUUAUGAUGAUUCAUUUAUUACUGCAUUGACUAGUUAAGCUAGCACAAUGUUUUUGUUUUCACUAGGGUUUUGUUCGCACUCUGUAAGUGUACACAAGCAAAAUAUAAUUAUAUGUCUUUCCCGUUUCCACAGUGAUGGAGUUUAUUGUACUCUGUUCCCUCGACAACUGUACAAUGUUAGAGAUGUAUUUUAAUUGAUUGCCGAUUUUACUCUUAGUCGCUUGACUGUGAGAAAUUUAUUUGCAUAAAAUCGUUUGAAAACCUUUCGGGAAUUUUUCAACAAAGAUUUGAUAUUUUCAAGACCUGAAGAAUCUGAAUAUAAUAACUUCAGUAUCAAUAUUUUAGUAUUAUCAUGUAUCAUCAAAAA